GCACACCGUAAAAUGCUUGUUUGUCGAGGUCCGCCUUACAAAGACAGCAUCGCAUCCAGGUCAGCGCACACUAUCGGAGGGGCGGUGAAGGUGAAGCACAGUCAUGUGAACGCUGACUUCGCACGGAUGAGGACUCGUAGCCUGUGUAACCGAGAGGAACUGAUGAACCAUUCAAGUGGAAAAGAGUCUCGCAUUGUUCGGACAUACGGCAUGACUUCCGUGUGUUUUCUCUCUUCCCGGUCAUCAAAUAAAGGACUAAGACUGGAAGCUAGAAGUAAGUCUCAAUCACCUUCCAAGAUACCAGUGAGGCCAGGGGCACAUAGGGCAUGCAGUGAAAAUAGAUCUUUAUCGCCUCGACCAAGAUCUGUACAGCGUGAUAACAGCCUAGAUUGUGUGGAUAUCCUGAGUAAAACUCGUUCGAAAACACUAAGCUUCUUACAUCCUUAUAACAACAACGCUGACAUCAUAUCGGACACAAGUAGCAGGAGAACCAGCUACAAAGGGACUUCUGAUAAUACUUCCAAAUGUAGUACACUCACAGUUAUUGAGAACGGGUACGGAUCUCCUUUAGUGUUGCCUAUUCAUAGGCGUCUAACUCUUAGGCGUGAGGGAGGCAAAGUCGGGAGCAACGCUGUUAGUGUGUCCAACGCUAAACAGUCUUUGGUUAACGUAAAGGCCCCCCCUAUAUUGUUGAAGCCAAGAGGUAAGACCAGUUAGCAGGAUUAUUUAUAGUGUUCAUAAACGCUAUAAAGGUGGAUUCGCAAUACACAAAUUCUGGCAAUAUAUUGCCGCAAUUUAUAGUGUUGCGCGAUAUGAUCUUGAGUUGACCAAUCAGGAACUGUCGCUGCAGAAUGACUGAAUCCACCUUAAAGCGAUUAAAAUCUCAUAGAUAAUGUUUGUCAAGAUCAAAUGAUUCAAAAAUCUGUUUUUGGACAUAUCUAGAUUCUGUCUAAUUGUGAGUCGUCUACAACUUACUUCACGUUAUGAACGCCUUAAAUAUUUCUUUGUUUAGCUAGGUAUAUACCUAAAAUCAAAGAUGUAGACUUUUUUUGUUAGAGACAAUGUUAAAAAGAAUGUUGGUGACUCGUUGGUUCAGUUCUCAAUGAACUCACUUAGGUAAACAAUUACUAUUACAAAUUAAACAAAUUACUAUUAAAUGGGUAAU